CACAGCAAAUGCCCACCAGAAAGCAAGCCAUGGGCAGGAGGAUCACCACCACCACGCUCCUCGCCGUGGCCGCUUCCGCGCUCUGCUUCUCAUCCUGCUGCGGCGUCGACGUCAACGGCGCGGCGGACACCGUGGCCGGCUCGUGCGACGCGAUCCGCGACUUCGUCGACGUGGCCUUCUGCGCGUCGCGGCUGGGGUCCGUGCCGGGCGCCGCCUCCGCGGACCUGCACGGCCACCUCCUGAUGGCGGCGGACCUGGCGGCCGCGAGCGGGGUCUCGGCGCGUGACGCCGCGGCGGGGAUGGCGCGGCGCGAGGGCGACGGCGGGCACCCGGCCGCGCGGGACGCGCUGGAGGCGUGCGGCAUCCUGUACGGCGCGGCGUCCGUGCCCGCGCUGCGCCUCAUGCGCGGCUACGCGGCGGCGCGCGCCUGGGGCGCCGCGCGCGCGCUGCUGCCGCUCACGGGCCAGGCCGGGAUCGGGUGCGACGCCGCGCUCACGGGCUCCGCGCCGGCCAAGGCCCGGAUGGCCGCCGCCAACCGCGAGUUCGACCAGCUCUCCACCAUGGCCACGGCGCUCCUCAAUAAGCUCGCCUAGAUCCGGCGCCGCGCUAUGGCACUCCUGCGCCCCUCCGUGGCAUACUGGCAUGCGUACUGCGGUGACGAUCAUGUGGAAACUGAUGUUUCUUGUGUCGGGUCAAUAGUGCAAUCAACCACUGAUUUCUUGUUUGUGUGUGUUUGGUUGCGUCGUAAGUAGCCUGUACAAUGUACAAUGCCGUUGGUUGGGCUCUCCGGCUCACAAUGGCAUGGUGUUGGGUUCUGUGUAAAGCCACGUUUGGUUC